AUGGAGGUCUGCUGCUCGCCCUCGGGACGCCACAUGUACAACAAGCUGGUGCACCUCUGCUGCCGCCACUUCCAGCUCUGCUCCACCACCGUCACCGGCAUCCCCAUGAAGGAAGAACAGAACGCCAGCUCCUCGGCCAACUACGACGUGGAACUUCUGCACCCCGCCGCGGCACAUGAUGAUAUGUUCAAGAACGAGCACGCUGAGGGUCUGGUGAUCCCGUCCAAGGAGGGCCUGCCUCUGGAGACUGCCCCGCUAAGAUGGUGCACGCCCAAGUCCAGUGUUGUGGAACUGCACAACUGCUCGGCCGCUUACCGCAUCUGUCCAGUGGACGUCAACAGCCGGCCUUCGUCGUGUCUGACCAACUUCCUCAUCAGUGGUCGGGCAGUGAUGUUGGAGCAGCCAAGAAAGAGUGGCGCUAAGGUUAUCUCACACAUGCUGGCCGCUCACGGCGGCGAGAUCUUCAUCCACUCCAUACCCACCUCACGAUCCAUCCUCGAGGAUCCACCAUCCAUCAGCGAAGGUUGUGGUGGCAGAGUCACCGACUACAGGAUAACGGAUUUCGGGGAGUUUAUGAAGGAGAACCGGCUGGCACCAUCGACUCCUGCCCUCCUGGAGAAGUGUCGUAACAAGAAACCCUACACACUUGCGCUGGCUCAUCUAGAAAAAUCUAGCCGAUUUUGGCCACUGGUUAUGAGCGACACCAUUCUGUUCAACAUUGACUUGCAGAACAUCAUCAGCCCACUGCCGCAACUGCUGCUCAAUGACACGCUGACCGACGACGAGACCCUGGAGUGCAAGAAGGUCAUCCUCAGGGUCGUAGGCAUGGAGGCCAAAAAUGACCCCCUGCCCGGGACGUCGCUGGGGUCCAGAGGCAAGGGACCUAAACGAGAGGAGCAAUACCGCCAGCUGUGGGCGGAACUGGAGACUCUGGUUCGAGCCUACUCAGACACGUCUCCCCAGCAUGUCAAGAUACUGGAGUGUCUUCUGGAGUGUAAGAAGCCUGGAGAGGACACAGUCUUGUUGACCAAGAAAGGUGGGUCCAAGAGGGACGAGAAGCCAGGGCAUCUGCCUGAUGUGGAGCAGAGUUGGAGAGACCUGGACAGGUUUCAGCAAAUGACGGAACGAGAGAAGCAAGAAGCACUGCAGGGAGAGAAGAUCUUUGAGUCCCCAGCUCCAAAGAAGCUCAAGUCUGAGGAACUGCUCAUGAGAUCAGGAGGUCAGACCCUGCUUUCCAUGUGGAACAGUCGACUGAAGACCAUCCAGGCAAAAAGAACCCAUGAGUUUGAUGGAAGACAACAAAAUGAGGGAAACAAAGCUAAACUGUACAUCCACCUGGGGGACACCAACAGCCAAGACCAGAACGCACCCAGUGGAAUUUUAAAACAGUGA